AAUGGAAUUUAAGAAAGCAGUGCAACAAAAGAAAAAGAUUGACCAAAUGAGGAUACGAAUAGAAAUUAUAAAGCUGGCCAAGCUAUGGUUAGAUCGCAAAAAGGAAGAACAACACCUUCAGGGUUUAUUGCAAACUAUAAAUAAUUUAAAGAUGGUGGAAGCAGAAUACAAUGCGAAGGUUGCAAAGGCAGUCGAAGAGAGGAGAGCAGAGUUAAGAGAUAGACAGAUUUUUGGGCGUUCGGGAUCUUCAAUGCCUAAAAUCGAUUUAUCAUCAAUAAAAAAACACUGGUAUAUCCAAAACACAAAAAACCCUUUCGAGCCUUUCAAUUUGCCGAUGCAAAUCCGUACCCGUACCAUUGAUGCUGACGAAAUGUCAGUUAAUAGUUUAAUGCUUGAAGAAAUGUGCACCGAGGAUAACACUACAAUGCAGCAUGUUCCUUUAAGCAAUGCUUCUAUCACAGAAGAGGUAGAGGAACAACAAGAGCCUGCGCAAUCACUCGGUAAGCGGAUAGAAAAUGUUUAACUUA